AUGUCAUGCGUUUCCACGAUCGCGAUCAAGGACGGGCACGAGGGACACCGCCCGGGGAUGUCGGGCUUCGACGGCGCUGCCGAACGCAUCUCGCGCCUCUCGGCGAUCUCGGCUGGUGGUUACUUCGAUGUCAAUAAGAGACCGGAUACUCCCGCGAGCAUGGGCGGAAGGGCAAUGCAGACGGAUUCCCCCGCCAGUACCGAUAGUGCCAGGGAGCAUAGGAAGGAGGCUAGGCUCAUCGAUGGUAUGACGUAUGAUGAGGGCGUGGUUGAUACGACGGAUAAGACCCCGCCGGCGGUCGUCGAUGAGAGGUGUUAG